AACGUGACAACCACUACUAGAUCUUGCCUCCAUUUCUUUCAUCUAAAUGGGAUAAUUUUAUUAUGGAAAGAAAAAAAAAAUCUAAACACUUUAUAACUCACCAAAUAAAUAUAAUUGCUGAUGAUAUAUACCCAAAAAAAAAAAGAAAAAAAGAAAAUUUACAUACUUUCCAUUAUAUUUUGAACUGCCACCCCAUUCCUCGUCAUCUCUAAUCAUUGCAAUCCCAGGAAAAUAUGGAAGGUGGAACAGUGUUUUCCCCAGCCCUAGAAGGAAUGAAGCAUGUCAAGUCUGAAAAUGGUGACUUGCUUACGAAGCAAUUCCUAGAUGUCUGCAAACUCAUCUUGCCUAUCCUAGAUAAAUUUGGAGCUGCCAUGGCUGUGGUGAAAUCUGACAUUGGUGGGAACAUAUCAAGGUUGGAAUCGAAAUAUGGAACGAAUCCAACCAGAUUCAACUACUUGUACAGUUUUGUACAGGCAGAAAUCGAAACAAAAACUGCAAAAUCAUCAUCCAGUUGCACCAAUGGCCUUCUCUGGCUCACAAGAGCAAUGGAUUUCAUUGUGGAGCUGUUUCGCAAUUUAGCUCUGCAUCAGGACUGGUCUAUGUCACAAGCCUGCACUGAUUCCUACUCCAAGACCUUGAAAAACUUUCACGGUUGGCUCGCGAGCUCAAGCUUUUCGGUUGCAAUGAAGCUUGCACCAGAUAGGAAGAAGUUCAUGGAGGUGAUGGGUGGAAGUGGGAACAUCAAUGGGGAGAUGGAGAAGUUUUGCACAACAUUUUCACCAAUACUUCAAGAGAUCCACAAAUUUUUGGCCAGCGUUGGCAUGGACGAAAUGAAAGCUUCAUGAUGGACUUCAUUAUUUUCUUCUUCAAGUAGACAUUUAAUUUAUUUUUUCUAGCUAGCUAGAUCCAUUUUAUAUUUCAUUGGAUUUCUAUUUUAUUUAAAAAUUCUAAAAUUCCAUAUGAUAUGAUACUUUGUAAAGAGCAAAAUAGGUUAAUAACGUCAAAUGAAAAUAUU